GUAGAGUUUUUAAUUUAGGUUUCUUUCUUCUUUCACCCAAACACACAGUCGCGUGACUCGCCAUAGCUUCAACGCCGACGAGAGGCUCAAGCUAAAGAGUUAUUUGAGUUCAUAACUACAUCCUAAAACCCUAUAAACCCUAGCUGAGCAAUAUUCUUCGUAAUGCGACCUCCGUUCAAUUCCUUCCAGCCUCAAGCUCGUCCUCAUCGACCGCAACAGCAACAACAACAUAACAAUGGGUACUCUAAUCACCACCAACGUAAUGGGUAUCAGAACCCAAUGGAAGCUAAUCAAUUUAGGAUGAUGAAUCCACAUAUGAUGAGUAAUCCAAUGAUGGGUCACAUGAACAAUCCGAUUCCAAUGUCUAAUAUGCCAAUAAAUCCUCAGUUCUUCAACAAUCUAUCCAAUAUGCCUCAACAACAGCUUCAGUUUGCUAUGCCCAACCAUAUCAACCAGUUACUUCCCAACCUCUUGGGGAAUCUUCAGUUUGCAGUUGCUAAUAAUAAUCUUAUGGGUCAUUCACUCCCCUUAGGUCAACCCAAUUUCUUCCAGCCUUCUCUCGAACCUACUGCUUUCACUUCUCAGCCACAGCUUAAUUCCUUUAACCCCCGUCCUUAUCCUCCGGUUCCAAAUCCCCAUCAAAAUCACCAGUUACGGCCUCCAGGUUUCUCAGAGCCUAGACCACAGGGGCAGUCCGUAGGAAAUGUUGAUAACACCAAUGGUUUCGGUCCCAAGAAUGAUUUUCGAAAUAAAUUUUCAAAACAUCAAAAGUUCAAAGGCCCUGGUCAAGGAUUCCAGAGAUCUCAGUUGCAUCAAGCAGAUAAUGGAAAGAGAAAGUCUGGAUUCAAUAAGGAUCACAGGGGAAAAGGGAACUAUAAUAAGAUGAAAUCUGGCCUCAAUGGAUCUGAUGCUGUUGACAUGGCUAAGGAGAAGAAAAGAUCAUUUGCUUUAAUCUAUACACCAAAAGAAAUUAAGCAAUGGCGUGAUGCUCGGCGUAAGAAUUAUCCAACGAAACUCAAGAAAUUAAAGAAAAAUGCUUCAGACAGCAUCCUUGAUGAGGAAGCAACAUUGCGUCGCCAGCAACUCCAGGAAGUUUUAGCAAAGCAGGCUGAAUUAGGUGUUGAAGUUGCAGAGGUGCCUUCACAUUAUUUAUCCAAUACAGAUGAACAAGUUAAUGGAGAUAGAGGAAACAACAGUGGAAAAAAUCAGUACCAGAAUGGGCAAAAGGGAAGAGUCCAGAAUAAUAGACAUAAUAAGCGAAGACAUGAUAGAAAAGAUAGGUCUAAUAAGAAAACAAGGUCUGAAGUCGAAAAUUCAUCCAAAGAAUCUUCCAUGAUGACGAGAGAACCUACAUUGCUUGAGAAGCUCCUAAGUGCAGACAUAAAGAGAGACAAAAGCCAUUUACUACAGGUCUUCCGCUUCAUGGUAAUCAAUUCAUUCUUCAAGGAGUUACCAGAACAACCUCUGAAGUUGCCUUUGAUUAUGGUUGAAGAAACUGGCUGUGAACAUGCCAGGGAAGAUCCUUUGACUGAUGUUUUAUGCGAUGGCCUUAGUGAUGAUGACGAUGACGAUGUGAAUGGUGAUGAUGACUCAAGUGAUGAAGAUUGAUGAGUAAUGUUUAAGAUUGUAUGAUCAAAAAGGAUUAUAAUGAUUUGUGAUAUCAAUAUAUGGUUGCCUUUUGAGGAUAUGUGGUCUGCAUGAAACAGUGAGAUAAGAAUCUGAUACAUGAACGCUGAGAGUGACAAUAAACACUAAGCACAAAUCCUCUUAACCGGAUUAUAGCAAUGUGCUUACAAAUCUCCAACAAGUUGUACAUGUUAAGAUGCCAA